AUGCCACCGACGGUCGUGGCGCUGCCGCCGUCGCGAUGGGACGCUGUCGUUGAGCUCUGUGGUGCCGCAUACCUCGUGGUAUCCAUUGGCGCGAGCGUCGCAGCGCUCCUCGUGAUCCGGCCGUACAUGACCAACGACUUUUUCUGGGCCGGCUUUGGUUCGUCCAACACGUCCAGGGGCCUCUUGACGGUCUUUGAGACGCAGCUCACCCUCACGCCGCACCUGCCGGAACUCGACCUCUCCGGUGUCUCGCUCGCCCCGUCCGUUGGUCUCAACCCAGCGUACGCGCGCCUGAUCUUCUACCGCGACCUCGCUACAAUCGAAGCCGGGGUUGCCGGCCUCGCGCGCCUCGACGUGGCCAAAGUCACAUACCUCAUGGCGCCCUACUGCUGGGUAGACUUGGAAAAGCACUGGGAAAUGGCGCACACACUGAAGCGCCAAGCGCGGUGUGCGACCCGGUAUGCAGCCAACGGCGCAGUGCACCUCGAAGCGAUUCUGCGCAACAUCGACUUGGCGGCGUGGCUCGUGCAAAAUGCCGCGCGCUUUGAAGCCCGCAUCGCUGGUCCGAUUGCGGUGACGCCUCAUGGUGCCACGUGGCGGCAACAGCUCUACGCGCACGUCCGUCUCGCAGUCGCCGACGAAGUCGCGGUGUGGCGAUCGCACAACCUCACAGAGUUUCAUCUGCAGUACGCCAACUACGUCGGCCUCGGCGUGCAAGAAACCAUAUACAUCACCAACGCGAUGGGGUAUGCACUGCCAUGGCGCAUCAAGACGCUUCCGAGCAUGGCCGUGACGAGUGUCUGGAGCACCGCGUCGAUCUUUGCGCCGCUCGAGUACGACCUUGUCGGGAUCGCGGCGGGUGAGAGCCUCGUCCGCAACACGACCAACUUUUGGGCCGACAUCAACCCGAGCGAAAUUGAAGUCUUCAACGUCGGCGAUCCCUUGGCGCCGGUGAAUCAAGCGCUGCACGACCAGAUCGGACCGCUCAUGUCGAUCGAUCUGCGCUGGGUCGCCCCUCCGCCAUCGCUUCUUGCUAGUGUGGGCGCCAUGCGAACCGGCGUUCUAGCCGCGUUGCGCCGUCGCGACGCUACGUUUACAGGGCUUUGGGAUGCGAUCCCAUCCUCCCCCGUGACACCGACGCCUCUGGCGUGGCGUGACCCAGCAUGGGCCUUUCUUGGCGGCAACCCCAUGUGCUACAGUGGCAUGCCGUUGUCGUUUGUGCAAGAGACGUUUGGCUUUGACGAUGCCUGCGGCACCCAGCAGCCCCUGACGCUACUCACGUCACCGUUUGGCGCUCUCUUUGCGGUCGCCAUGGAAGCAGACAAUUCGGUUUGUCGCACGACGCUGCCAGAGCACCAAGUGGAGGCGUGUUUAAAGCAGUUUGCAGCCGCCUCGGCAGCGUGGCGGCACCUUCAGCUCGCUAUACCUCGAAUCGAACCCAUCGACGUUGACGCUGCCUACAUUCAGUUUACAACACCAGCCACCGCGCCGGGCAACGUAACGAUGGUCACUCAGCGGCUACUGGCGUCGGAUUGGGCGUACUUUGGCUGGAUGAGUGUGUACAACUGGGCGGUGAACGAGAAGGAAGUCGUGUCCUUCGAAGGCGAUGUUCAAACGCUCCGCCUGAUGUCGUACGCGUACGCGCCAAUGGCGCGCCCGGAGCCAUCACUGCGCUCGAGUCUGGCCGUGUACUUGGCGUACUGUGCUGCUGUUGUCACCGUUGGACUCGCGGGCGUUGCCAUUCUCAUGCUUCUCGUCGCGUGGUCCGCACGGUCCCGACGCAGUCCGUGGCUAGGCUUCAACUGCGUCGUCGGGUCGGUCUGGCUGAAUCGCAAUCUGCUCACGUGUCGCGCCAUGACAGCUGCGAUUUGCUUGGCCACUGCGCAGUAUGGGCCGUCCGAUCCAACGUUCCCAACCUUUGGGCUCGAGCCGCAACCAAAGUCGCUGCUUCUGUCGGGGCUUCUUGCCAGCGACGUCACAUGGGCCACGGUGAUCGCCCAUGAGGCACUGCAGCCGCUGGCGCCGGAGCGGCAUCGCUCGGCGCUGUGGCCCAGCGUAGCACUCACGUGGCUGCUUUUGCUGCUUCUCGACCAGUUGGCGCCGGUCGAAGCAACGGCGUCCAUUGCGCGAUCGUGCUACAGCGUCAACAUGGCCACCAUGGUGUACUGCGACAGCGGCGUCGUGACACUCGGGUCGUAUCCUCGCCUUGUGCUGCUCGGUGCCGGCAGCCUCUUCGUGCCACUUGCAGUGACGAUGUCGCGCUUCUGGACGACCCGAACCGAUGCCUCCCCCGGCCUUCUCUACACCUCCGCCUGCCUUGUCGGGCUCCGCGCCCACGACGUUGUCGACAGUGUUCCCAAGAACGCGAUUGCGCGUCUCAUGUGCGGCUUUGUCUCGGUGCGCUGGCGAGGUCACUGGACGACGUUCGACACCAAGCUAUGGCGCACCGUGCCGUCCGAAACCCAACUCGCGUCGGUGGUGCCAGUCGCGUCAGUGGUGCCAGUUGCGUCAGUGGUGCCAGUCGUGUCGGCGGUGGUACACCUUUCCUCCAUGCGCCCGCAGCGACCGUCGAUGCGGCUUUCGUUUGCGAUCGCGAAGCACGCGCGGCGCUGGUCGUGGCACGGCGUAUCUCUUGUCGCGGGGGUGACCUACAUGGUCUUUACACUCCUCGGCAACGUGACCUACCUCUCGCUGAUUCAAGCGUCGCUCGCCAACGACUAUUACGUCGCCGGCUUCAACAGCAGUGGCAUGCACGCGUACCUGGCCAACGUCGUGAACCGCGAGCUUGUGUUCACGUCAUCGGGGACCGUCGCCCUCGACGACGCGAGCCGCGGCGACAUCAACCAGCGCUACGAUAGCGAGGCCAGUUUGAUUCAAUGGGGCGCGACGCUGAGCAACCGGCUGCUGCUGGACCCGAGUGGCGUCGCUUUGGAGAGUGUCGUCCGCGACUUGCGGUCGAUGGACCCGUGUCGGCUGCCGUGGAUCGCAACGCAGUACUGCUGGCUCGACUUGGAUCGCAACUGGGCCAUGGCCAGCACAGGAGCGCGGCAAGCACGCUGCGAAGCGACAAUGGCAGAAAACGGCGCCGUGUACUUGGAAGCCCCGCUGCGCAACCUGAACGACUGGGCUGUGUGGCAACGCUGUUGGGGCCAUUCGUUCGAGAUUGGCUUCGUCGAUUACCUCCGUACGCUGCAAGCUGGCCAGACGUGGCUCCAGCGUGUCCAAGCCGUAGCCACGUCGAUUGACGACGAAGCAGCGUUCUGGCGACGCCACGGCCUCACCACGUAUGCGCUGCAGUGGCAAAACUACAAGACACUGGGCUUGACACAUGCGUUUAACAUCAGAAAUGCGCUCGGGGUGACGUAUGCGCUGUCGCUGGGGGAUGUGAUUGGCCGCUUCCACCCGACGCAGCAGACGUCGAUGCGCGCCUAUUGGACGCUGGCCAGCGACCUCUGGGCCGUCGCGACCAAUGCGAGUGGCAUCGGCGGGCGCAGCCUUCUAGCCGCGAGUCCCGCGUUUGCCUCGUCGAAUGUAUCGGGCGUGGCGCUCUUGACUCGCAAUUUGACGCUGCCGAGUCCACUCCGGAGCGGCUUGGUGUCGUUUACAAGUCGUGUGGGCCCCUUUAACGCCGUCGACGUCGUGUACGUGCCCGUACCUGCCGUUGCGAGUCAGCUCUUCGCGACAUUGACGCAGUCGCUCGCGACACUCGUGCUGCAAAAUGGCGAGGCGCGCAAUCGGUUCUACGACUUGGCGAUUCCGAGUUCGAUCUUUCACGCCCCCGGAGUGCUCAUCGACGACGCGUCGGCCGUCGUCGUUGGCGGCAACAUUCUCUGCGGCAACGACAACGCGGCGUACCCUGCCUCGGUCGCGUUGUACAAGCUCUUUGGCACGGAUGGACUCUGCUUUGUCAACUUCGCCGAGCAGAUCUACCCAACGACCCAAGAAAUGGUGAUCGCGCUCGCCGUUCACGAAGGAACGUCGUCGCCGACGGUGCCAGCGGUUCGUAUUUGUCGCCUCAACAACGCCGCCGCCGCAUCGUGCAUCUCGACGUACGUCACAUUGUCGGAGUUUCUCGCCGACCAUGCGUCGAUCUUUCAAGCGCCGCCGUUGCUGUCGCUGGCGGCGGCGGCCAAAGCAAGCGUAUCGACGCUGAACGUCCAGCUCACGCAGUACGUCGACUACAACGACGGUCGUGGCGCUGUGCUCUUCAGCCUCCCGCUUUUCGACGCGGGCGAUCCCGCGUGGGCUUUCUACGGCUGGUGCUACGUCUACGAGUGGGCGACUGGCGGGCGCGAAGUCGUUCGCUUUGAAGGUGACGAAGGCGCGGUCACCGCCAUGUCGCACUACACCGUUCCUCAGAGCAUCGCACCGGACCCGGCGACGAUCCCGGCCAGCUUCGCAGCCUUUUGCCAAUAUGCCGUUCUGUACGUCACACUUGUGCUCAUUGCAACGUCCGGGCUCGUGGCGAUUAGCGUGGUCUACUGCCGCGGCCGCAUCGAGGGCCUCAACUUUUUCUGCGUCAACCGGCUCAUCGGGCUCGUCUGGGUCGGUCGCACGCUCCUCGUGCUCCGAACGAUAACGGCGCUGAGUCUCUUGAGCACGGUGCCGCUGGCGCUGGUCCGCGUCGGCGGCGCCACAAGGCUCGUCACGCCCGCCGUGCCGUGGUACAAGACGAUCCUCGCCGCGUCCGAAGUCACAUGGCUGGUCUACGUCCUCAACGACGUCUUGAGCUGCGUCACGCUCGCACACACGGCCUCGUAUGCGUUCAAGAGCUCUAACCUCGCAUGGCUCCUCGUUGCGAUCUGGUCGUAUGCGCAGCCGCAGCGCGCUUCCUUUCUCUUGCAGCGCGACUGCAUCCGCGUCGACAUGGACGCGGGCCUUGUCUGUGUCGCCGGCACCAUCGAGGUCGGUAGCUGGGCGCGCCUGCAGUUGGCCGUGCUGCUGGCCGCCGGUUGUGUUGUCGGGUGCUACCUCUACGAUCGGUGGCGGUCUCGGACGCAAGCGUGCGCAAAUAUGGCCUCGGCGUUAUCCCUGAACGCACAGAGUGUGUACCUCCUACAACUCGAUCGCUGGACGCACGACGGCGAGACGUACUUGGACACGACGUCCGCGAUCCUCGCGGGCCUCUUGGUGCUCGAGGUCCACGGACACUGGUGUAUCUUUGACAUCAAAACCUGGCGCUUCUUCCGCCGACCCCGGUGCCCGAGUCCGACGCCGCAAUUUGCAUUCGCGGUGCCUCUGCGCGACCUCAGCUAACACAAACAAAAAGGAG